CUGACGCCUUUUUUUUUUCGCUCUCCUCCCCUCUUCUCAUAUAUUUGUCGUUCACGAUGUCCCUUGCUAGAUCGUCGUGCAGUGUCAGACGAAGAUGUCAGCAGUGUUUGCAGCCGAGCAUAUGCUCUCCAGCGAGCUCAUUCCCCGGCUCAAAUCAGAACCUCCGCUCCGUCCAGAAUCGCAUCCUUCUUCACUCCCAACCCGCACCUCAACCUUCGCCCAAGUCCUUCUUUCACACCACCUCAUCGAAGCAUGCUUCGCGCCCUGCGCCCCGUCGAACUCCCCCUCGAGCCCCCACUAUCCGACGCGCCGAAAACAGACGCUCUCAAGGUGGUCCUCUCCGCGAACCAAUCGUCGCCGACUCCGUCAUCGACGGCAACCUCGCAACUCACCUGGCCUGGCUUCACAAGGAAGGCAAAGAUCAAUGGGCCAACGCGCGGGUUGAGAAACUCCUCACAGCUAAAUUCACUUGGGAAAUCUUCGAAUCCGUCGGGAGACACUUGAUAACAGCAGCUCACAAUGGCCCUCCCUCCGCCACUGCUAUCGAGAACAACCCGUCCAACCGUAUCGACAUGUCUCCGACCGAAGUAUACGACUUCGGCAGAAUGAUACUUCCCGAAAACGAAGCCUUCCAACUGUGGCUCGAAACCUCCGGCGCCCUAGCCAAUGUAACCCCCGCGGUCUGCAGCCAAGCGGCCCGCUAUCUUAACGACCUAACCUCCCAAGGCCGCGGCAGCAGCAACAACAACAACAACAAACAACACCUUUCGCGCAACGUGCCCAUCCUCCAAGCCGUGGAGGCCCUCGCGACGGGACCCGACCGGGACCCGCGCGCGAUGCACCUCCACGCCCGCAUCCUGGGCGCCCGCGAACAAUACCGCGACGCCAUGGCGCUGCUGGACGAGGUCCUGGAGUGUAUCCGGCCGGGGGAGCGCAAAGAAGCCCGACCGGACACGGUGCUCACCGCCUCGCCCACCACCUUCUGGGAUAGCUACCUGUGGAUCCACGGCGAAAUGGCCGAUCUCAGAUUCCAAACCAGGUACUCCCGCGACGAGAUCCUACGUAUCGCCGCCAAAGAAUUCCAGGACCCGAAGUACCUGGAGGUCUACGCAGGCGGCACUCUGCGCGAGAGGCGCGACUGGGCGGAAUACGAGGAGUGUAUGCUCCAGGCCGCGAUGGCCGGGAACCCCAAGGCGAGCCGCCGGCUGGCUACCUUCUACCACUUCACCGCGCAGGGCCGGUAUCCCCGGCGCGGCGAGGAGGAGUCCGCCGCAGAUUUCCAGCCCGAGGGCCGCCGGCUGCGGGAGGAGAAAGAGCGCAGCUUCUUGGUCUCGCUCUACCAUGAUAUGGUCGGCACGUUACCGUCGCUGACGCAGUACCGGAUAUGGGCCAAGGAAUGGUUCAGACAUUCCAUCGCUCAUGGGAACCCCGAGUCGGUCGUCAUCCUGGCCGUCUUGGAACGCGAGGACGGCAACGCGGCGGAAGGCGAGCAAAUCCUUCGCGCCAUGCUUCGCGACAUGCAGCUAAAAGGCCCGGAGCGCGAGAAGCUCAAGGAGACGGCCGAGUCUUUCCUGGCUAACUGGUCGGAUCCCAAGUUCCAGCCUCAGGUCCAGAAGAAUUAUUAUAUAUUGUAA